AGGCAGGUGCAGCGGCGCGCGCGCUGUUUGGGGUCCUCUGAAACAGAAGAAAAAGAUCAAAAACAUCCAGGAAAAAAGUCCGAGAAUUAAAAACUCUGGCGCGCCGGAUUUCCAGCUAUGAAUCUCGAACUGCUCGAGUCGUUUGGGCAGAACUAUCCAGAGGAGGCAGAUGGAACUCUGGACUGUAUCAGCAUGGCCCUCACUUGCACCUUUAACCGCUGGGGCACCCUGCUGGCCGUGGGCUGCAAUGAUGGUCGUAUCGUCAUCUGGGAUUUCCUCACACGGGGCAUUGCUAAAAUCAUCAGUGCACACAUCCACCCCGUGUGCUCACUAUGCUGGAGUCGAGACGGCCACAAGCUGGUGAGCGCAUCCACAGACAACAUUGUUUCCCAGUGGGAUGUCCUGACUGGAGACUGUGACCAGAGGUUCAGGUUUCCCUCCCCCAUCCUAAAGCUGCAGUACCAUCCUAGACACAUGGACAAAGUGCUUGUAUGUCCCAUGAAGUCGGCCCCAGUUCUUCUGACUUUGUUAGACUCCUCACAUGUGGUCCUGCCUGUGGACGACGACUCGGACCUCAACGUGGUCGCAGCCUUUGAUAGGCGGGGCGAGUACAUCUACACUGGCAACGCUAAAGGAAAGAUCCUGGUGUUGAACACGAGCACUCAGGAGCUCGUGGCAUCUUUCAGAGUGACCACCGGUACCAGCAACACCACCGCCAUCAAAUCCAUUGAAUUUGCACGCAAAGGCAGUUGCUUCCUGAUAAACACAGCAGACCGGAUCAUCCGAGUUUACGACGGCAGAGAGAUCCUGACCUGUGGACGGGAUGGAGAACCUGAGCCCAUGCAGAAACUCCAGGACCUGGUCAACAGGACGCCGUGGAAGCGCUGCUGUUUCUCCGGGGACGGCGAGUACAUUGUGGCCGGCUCAGCCCGGCAGCACGCCCUCUACAUCUGGGAGAAGAGCAUUGGGAACCUGGUGAAGAUCCUGCAUGGGACCAGAGGAGAGCUGCUGCUGGAUGUGGCCUGGCAUCCUGUCCGUCCCAUUAUUGCGUCCAUCUCCAGUGGAGUGGUGUCCAUCUGGGCUCAGAACCAAGUGGAAAACUGGAGUGCUUUUGCACCAGACUUCAAAGAGCUGGAUGAGAACGUGGAGUACGAGGAACGAGAGUCCGAGUUUGACAUUGAGGAUGAAGACAAGAGUGAACCUGAGCAGACAGGUGGAGAUGCUGCAGAAGAUGAAGAGGUGGAUGUCACCACCGUUGACCCAAUCGUUGCUUUUUGCAGCAGCGAUGAGGAGCUGGAGGACUAUAAGGCCCUGUUGUACCUGCCCAUUGCUCCAGAGGUCGAGGACCCAGAAGAAAACCCGUUUGGUCCCCCACCAGACACCUCAGUGCAGCCCGCAGCCCCAGACGAUGCCCAGGGGGGUGGAGACAAGAAGCAGCGACAGCCUUCAUCUGAAGGAAUGCCGGUCAAGAAAAAGGCUCGUACUACUACCAUUGAACUGCAGGGGGUGCCAAAUGACGAGGUGCACCCCCUUCUGGGUGUGAAGGGCGAAGGAAAGUCCAAGAAGAAGACCGCAGGCCGGCCCAAAGGCUCCAAAGGUAAAGACAAAGACUUCCCCUUCAGGCCCAAGCCCUACAGGGGUGAGCGGCCCUCCUACCCCAUGGAGGCCCUGACCAGCUCGGGCCCGGGAGGAGGAGGAGGAGGGAUGAAGGGCAGGGCAGAGGGGGGCCUGGCCACAGGUAAGCAUGCCCUGCCCCUGCUACUGAAUGUGGGAGCUCUGUGCGUCCUCUGCUAGUCUGACAGCCAAAGCUCCUCCCACCUCUGUACUGCUCGCACACGCCCACUGCCGGCCCCUCACUCCAAACAGCCAAUCACAGAGAGCGAAGCUCUUCACACUGCAGAGCCACAGUCUGAGUGUCGGUGACCCACAGUCUGUCACUGUGGUUCUGGUACCACCGGCCCAAGCCUGGAUCGGAACCACGGUUCAGUCAGGAGGUCUGUCUCUGAAAUGGCUUUUAUGAACCUGGUGUGACACUGUGAGAUGUUCCUGACUUCCUCAAAAUGUUCCUACAGUCAUACAGGGACUUAAACUCAUCAUUCACGUCUUGUGUGUACUGGUUGGGGCUCUCUUGUUUUAUGACA